CAAAUUAGCCCACUCCUGUCUUAACCUCUGCAUGCCUUAAGCUCUCUCUCUCUCUCUCUGUCUCUCUCUAAACACAAAUACCCAUUUGCCGAUAUAUCUCUCUUCUUCCUUCUCUGUUCUUAACCGGGGCUCCGUGCCCCGACACUGGAACCCGAAUCGGAUCUUCUGCUGCAUUUUUCGUUCCAUCUUUCUCCGUCGGAGGAUUCUUUUUAUCCCGAAAAAUGUACUCCGCAAUACACUCGCUGCCGCUGGAUGGGAGUGUAGGACAGGGAGAGUUGCAGGGGUCGCUUGACGGGACCAACUUGCCUGGGGAUGCGUGCUUGGUUCUCACUACUGAUCCGAAGCCCCGCCUCCGGUGGACUGCUGAGCUUCAUGAGAGAUUCGUCGAUGCUGUCACCCAGCUGGGUGGACCUGACAAAGCAACACCAAAGACUAUUAUGAGAACAAUGGGGGUAAAGGGCCUUACCCUUUAUCACUUAAAAUCCCACUUACAGAAAUACAGGUUGGGAAGGCAAUCUUGCAAGGAAUCAAAUGAUAAUUCUAAAGAUGCGUCUGUUGCAGAAUGUCAGGAUACUGGUUCAUCAACAUCAUCAAGAAUGAUAGCACAGGAUCUGAAUGAUGGCUACCAGGUUACUGAGGCUUUGCGGGUACAGAUGGAAGUCCAACGAAGACUGCAUGAGCAGCUAGAGGUGCAACGUCAUCUUCAACUUCGAAUUGAAGCACAGGGAAAAUACCUACAGUCAAUUCUUGAGAAAGCUUGUAAAGCUCUGAAUGAUGAGGCUGCUGUAUCUGCUGGGCUUGAAGCUGCCAGGGAAGAGUUAUCUGAACUAGCAAUCAAGGUUUCCAGUGAAUGCCAAGGAAUUGUCCCAGUUGAUAACAUAAAAAUGCCUUCAUUUUCUGAACUUGCUGCAGCUUUGGAGAACAAAAAUACUGCAAAUUUGCCAGCUCGAAUUGGUGAUUGCUCCGUUGAAAGCUGCUUGACUUCAACGGGGAGACCAGUUUCUCCAAUGGGUGUUGGUUCACAGGCUGCGGCUUCCAUAAAGAAAAGACCAAGGGUUGGGUUUGGUAAUGGAGACUCGUUGCCUUUGGAAGGCAACAUGCGGCAAGAAGUAGAAUGGAUGAUGAGUAAUAUUGGAUGAAUGGCAAGAGAUUUCCAUCCUAGAAACAGAAACAUAUUUCCAUCCUAAAUGUCACGGUGACCCUAAUCAAGUGUAUCAUCAGUAGUCUGUAUAGUUUUUGGAUCAGGUGGAUGCCUUUGUCUUAUAAUUUGCAAAUCUUUCCCAUUCUGCAUAAGAUUAGUGCGUUAUGUAGUUUGCUUUCCAUUUGGCAUAAGAAUGCUUUAUUCCCAUUUUAAGUGACGUUCUAAAAAAAAAAUUAUUUUGUCCCA